CAUCUUAAACCCUCUCCUCAUUUACGAGAACUCUCAAAACCUUCCAAGUAUCAGAUCUUUGGUCAAUCACGCUGCUUCUCCACUCUUGGCUUCUCUGGUCUCACCAACUCAACCUCUCCAAUGGCCGCCUCUUCUUUUCUCCAAUAUCCUCAUUUCACCUCUAAACCCAGAUCAUCUAGCCAUGUUAAACCUACUCCUCAUUUCCUCCUCAUCAAAGCUUCAUCCUCUGAUAAUCCCUCUAACGCUACAGCUUCUUCUCCAACCCCCGCCACCUACAAAGGUUGCAACAUCCGCGAAGAGGCCCGCCGCCACAGCCUAACCCACCCACAACCCGACAACAACUUCUCUGCCAAAUACGUUCCCUUCAAUGCCGGACCCACUUGCUCUGAAUCCUACUCCCUCGAUGAGAUCGUCUACCGUUCCCAGUCCGGUGGUCUUCUCGACGUCCAGCAUGAUAUGUCUGCUCUGAAAGCAUUCCCUGGUUCUUACUGGCGUUCCCUUUUCGACUCCCGGGUUGGAAAGACCACCUGGCCUUACGGAUCCGGAGUUUGGUCUAAGAAAGAGUGGGUUUUGCCUGAGAUUUCUAGUGAUGAUAUUGUUAGCGCAUUUGAAGGGAACUCGAAUCUGUUCUGGGCAGAGAGAUUUGGGAAGCAGUUUUUGAACAUGAACGAAUUGUGGGUCAAGCAUUGUGGGAUCAGCCAUACUGGGAGCUUUAAAGAUUUGGGUAUGACAGUAUUGGUCAGCCAAGUGAAUCGGCUGCGGAAAAUGAACAAACCUGUAGUUGGAGUCGGUUGCGCUUCCACCGGUGAUACCUCUGCCGCACUAUCUGCUUAUUGUGCUUCUGCGGGUAUUCCUUCUAUUGUUUUUCUACCAGCAAAUAAGAUUUCCAUGGCCCAACUAGUGCAGCCUAUUGCCAAUGGCGCUUUUGUUUUGAGUAUUGAUACUGAUUUUGAUGGGUGCAUGCAGUUAAUAAGGGAGGUUACUGCUGAGUUGCCAAUUUAUUUAGCUAAUUCAUUGAAUAGUUUGAGAUUGGAGGGGCAGAAAACUGCUGCAAUUGAGAUUUUGCAGCAGUUUGAUUGGGAAGUGCCUGACUGGGUUAUUGUUCCAGGAGGUAAUUUGGGGAAUAUAUAUGCUUUUUAUAAAGGUUUUCAUAUGUGCAAAGAGUUGGGGCUUGUGGAUAGAAUCCCUAGGCUAGUUUGUGCACAAGCUGCAAAUGCAAAUCCCCUGUACCUGUAUUAUAAGUCAGGAUGGAAGGAUUUUAAACCUGUUAAAGCAAAUAGCACAUUUGCAUCAGCUAUUCAGAUUGGUGACCCUGUUUCAAUUGACAGAGCUGUUUAUGCAUUACAAAAUUCAAAUGGGAUUGUUGAGGAGGCUACCGAGGAGGAGCUAAUGGAUGCAAUGGCUCAAGCAGAUUCUACCGGAAUGUUCAUAUGUCCACAUACAGGAGUGGCAUUGACAGCAUUGAUUAAGCUCAGGGACAGUGGGGUUAUAGGACCUACUGAUCGGACAGUGGUGGUGAGUACUGCUCAUGGGUUAAAAUUUACUCAGAGUAAGAUUGAUUAUCACUCUAGUGAUAUUAAAGACAUGGCUUGUAGGUUUGCUAAUCCACCUGUGAGUGUUAAGGCAGAUUUUGGUUCAGUUAUGGAUGUUCUGAAGAAGUAUUUGUUGAGUAAAGAACCCAAGUAUUAGGUCGAUCAUUGUAACUUCUGCUCAUGUAACUCUAGCUUAUUGUUGUUUCUGUAUGGCUGCAGGUGGUCUCAUUUAAGGAUCUUUGGUAUUGGAUGGUUGUAGAGAGGAUUUCACACUCUCUUUUUUAGUAGUAUUUAGAAGAGAGAAACCAUAUGGUCAAGUAGCCAUCUUUGGACGAGGUCCUUAUCAUUUGGAUUUAAUAAAACUUUUGUUGAGCUUUCUUCUUGAA